UGGGAAGUGUGGCUGGUUACAUGUCUCAGCUGAAGUCUGCAAGAGUUUACUUCUUGUUAUGCAAUGCAUUGGAGGCGUACAACCGAGGCCAUACGGCUUUUCUACUUUAUUUUCUCUGCUCCAGAAGUUGCACCAUUGGCCUCGUAGCUAUCAGGUGUAGAACUAUACGUCUAGGAAGGUUUCCUUUCGCAGUAUGUGUAGAACGUGUAGAAGAUGUGAUUAAGUAAUAUUUGUUAACAUAUACAACACACGUCACUAGACUCAAAAUGUGAUGGGUGAUUUAGGUGGCAGGAUAUUUUAUGCUUUCAAUUUUUAUUCAGUGGCGGCGCAAAGGUCGCGAAAGGGGGGGGGGGAAAUGUUUUUUUUUUGUAGGGGGGUACACGGGGAAAAUGUCAGCUGCACGGUUGGAAGUUGCGUAUAAGCGACAUGGCACAGAAUUGUAGUAGUGUUGUAAUGGAUAGUGCUGAAGAUCGGUUUACUCAUUUGAAAUAGUAAUUAGUGUAUUUGAAACAUGAUGGAAAUUGAGCAAGAAACUGUAUAUGGGACACACGAAGAUUCCCAUGUUGUUAUGUCAGAAAAGGUUCAGUCUUUGGCUGGCAGUAUAUACCAGGAAUUUGAAAAAAUGAUAGCGAAGUAUGAUGAAGACGUAGUAAAGGACUUAAUGCCUCUAGUGGUCAAUGUAUUAGAGUGUCUAGACUUGUCCUACACCGAGAAUCAAGAACAUGAAGUUGAGCUUGAGUUGUUGAGGGAGGACAAUGAACAGCUGGUUACUCAGUAUGAAAGAGAAAAACAGUUAAGGAAAACGUCGGAGCAGAAAUUACUGGAACUUGAGGAUGCUGGUGAAGACGAAAGGAAAGAACUACAUGGAAAAAUUGAAAGUCUUGAGUCAAUUGUGAGAAUGUUGGAGCUGAAAUCAAAAAAUUCUUCUGACCAUGUGUAUCGAUUGGAGGAGAAGGAGCAGGAACAGAAACGAGAAUAUGCCAAACUCCACGAGCGUUAUACAGAGUUGUUCAAGACUCACAUGGACUAUAUGGAACGCACCAAAAUUCUGAUGGGCAGUGCAGAACGAUUGGAAGGUGCAGCACGUGGACGGUUACCUGCAGUGAACCUUGCGCAGCUCAAUAGAUCGUCUGGUCCCGUUUCCUUUGGGUUCACCUCACUUGAGGCUGGGCUGAGAUCAGUAACAAGUCCUGCAGAAUAUGUGGGGCCAGCAUCUCCUCCUGACAGCAACCACUCGAAUACCAGUCUGCGAAAUGAGCUGCAGGAGAUGCAGGUGGGCACAGAAUCCUCUCAAAAUGUAGAUGAGCAACAGAACAAGAGCAGAGGAACAUCUGAGAAAGGUCAGCUGACAGAUGCCAUUUCAACAGAACAUCGUGGCACAAUCACAAGAAGUGGAUGGGUUGAUGGAUUGAGCCCUGAUACUAAGGACUCUACACCAGAACUUGAGGAUGUGGAGGAGCUUACAACAACUAUUGUAUCACCACUUGGAAGAAGCAAAACGAAAAAAGAACAGAGGAGUGGCAACACACUGUAUCAAGAAUUAAGUUUCCAGGAUGCUGAAGCUCUUGGAGAAAUGGAUGAAGGAGCUGAUAUCACAGGAAGUUGGGUUCACCCAGGAGAAUAUGCCUCAUCGGUAAAUGACAACUUCUUUGGCAUGGGUAAGGAGGUGGAGAAUCUCAUCAUGGAGAACAAUGAGCUGCUUGCCACCAAAAAUGCUCUGAAUAUUGUGAAAGAUGAUCUGAUUGUCAAGGUGGAUGAGCUCACAAGUGAACAAGAAAUUUUGCGAGAGGAAAUCAAGUCACUAUGUGCUCUAAAGGGCCGACUUGGGCAGCGAAUUCAAGAGCUGGAAGAAGAGCUGAAAAGAGUCCGUGAAGAGGCUGAGCAGACGGCCAAGGCUUCCAAAUCUGAUGAUGAACAGGAAGAUGUCCCAAUGGCACAGAGGAAGCGGUUUACGAGGGUAGAAAUGGCGCGAGUAUUAAUGGAAAGAAAUCAAUAUAAGGAGCGAUUUAUGGAACUGCAAGAAGCAGUUCGCUGGACAGAGAUGAUCCGAGCCAGCCGGAAUGAUCCCACAUUAGAUAAGAAAAGCAAGCAAAGCAUAUGGAAGUUUUUCAGCAACCUGUUCAGCACAAGUGAACGACCGCAACGCAAGCCCCUACCUCAUGUUAAUGUGCGCUACAAUGCACCUACACAUCUUGUGAGCCCAGCACUUGACACGAUGAGGAAACGCUCUCUCAAUGAUCGAAAACGUGGUUUUGACUUCAUGGAUGGCGAACUAUCAUCAGAGAAGCUUGCUGCUCGCCGUGCAACUGAGAGACGAGAACAGUAUCGACAGGUUAGAGCCCAUGUCCGCAAGGAUGAUGGACGUUUGCAGGCAUACGGAUGGAGUUUGCCUGCCAAGGUGCCUGGGACUGCAGGUCCAGUUGCACAGGGAACCAACGCAAGCCGACAACUCACUGCAAGCACAAGCCAGGUUCCAGUGCCAGUACCUGUGUACUGCCGCCCUUUGGCAGAAAAGGAGCCAGGCAUGAAAAUAUGGUGUGCAGCAGGGGUGAACCUACAAGGGGGUCGUACACAUGAUGGUGGUAGUAUUGUGGGUGCAAGUGUGUUCUAUACCACAAGUCGAUCUGAGGGUGAGGAAAAGGGUGAAGGAGAAAUGCCAGAGAAGACGACUUGCACUGAGGUGGACAAGUUGGACAGAGAACUGAAGAAAGGUGAGAAAGAGAGUCGUGAAAGCCAGGAACUGGAAACACAGCUCUCCAGUCUAGUGUGGAUUUGUACAAGUACUCAUGCAGCAAGCAAAGUGACUGUUAUUGAUGCCAACAAUCCAGCAGACAUCUUGGAGUCGUUCAGUGUGUGCAGUUCGCACCUCCUCUGUAUCGCAAGUGUGCCAGGGGCACAGGAAAGUGAUUACACAAGGUCUGAUGUUGACUAUGUGGAACUAAACAACAAAGAGGUGACAGAACAACAAGAGAAAGAAAAAGGAAGUGAAAGUGCCAAUGUCAUAGCAGGGAACGAAGAACAAGAUGAGGAUCUGGGUGAUCAGGAGUCCAACAUUGGCAAAAUUUCAUUUGUGAGUUGUGCAACAGGAAGUAGUCAUCCUAAAAGUGACACUUCAACCAACAAAGAAUUUGACUCUAUGGAGACAGCAGCUCCAGUACGGCGUCUGGUGAAGGAAGUUACUGGUGUUGUACGGGAUGGACUUUCACAGCUCCCAGUAGAAAAUGAUGUGCUGUAUGAAGAGGUAGAGAAGAUGAGCAGUGUGUUGCCAACCAUAUGGUUGGGCUCCCAGAAUGGAAAUAUCUAUGUCCAUUCUGGCCUUUCUCAGUGGCGUCGGUGUUUGCACUCAGUACGCCUCAAGGACUCUGUACUCAGCAUAGUUCACGUUGGUGGGCGUGUAUUGGCAGCGCUUGCAGAUGGAUCAGUAGCUGUAUUCUGCCGAGGUCCUGAUGGUCAGUGGGACUUAGGAAGUUAUCAUUUAGUUGACCUUGGUCGGCCCCAUCACUCCAUUCGAUGCAUGGUGACUGUCCAUGGAAGAGUGUGGUGCGGCUACAGAAACAAAAUUCAUGUAUUACACCCAAGAAGUUUACAGGUGGAGAAGUCCUUGGAUGCUCAUCCACGACGUGAGAGCCAGGUUCGACAAAUGGCCUGGCUUGGAGAUGGUGUGUGGGUAUCAAUCCGAUUAGACUCCACGCUAAGGCUGUAUCAUGCUCACACAUACCAACACCUCCAGGAUGUGGACAUUGAACCUUAUGUCAGUAAAAUGCUAGCAGUGUUUCCUGGAGGUACAGGGAAGCUGGGAUUCUCCUUUGUGCGGAUCACAGCAUUACUCAUUUCUUCCAGUCGCCUGUGGAUUGGAACCGGCAAUGGAGUUAUUAUUUCAGUUCCUCUUUCUGAAAGUGCCGGAGCAAGAAAUGUGAGUAACAACCCACAAGGAGCCCACAGAAGUAUGCCUGGUGGAGUGGUACGUGUAUAUACUGACAGCUCAGGUAGCAAACUGACUCCUGGCAGCUUUAUCCCAUACUGCUCCAUGGCACAGGCACAGCUUUCAUUUCAUGGUCAUCGAGAUGCUGUCAAGUUCUUUGUUGCUGUUCCAGGUUGUGGUGGUCUGUCAGCAGCAACUAGUGAGACACCUCUUAUAGAGAACAUGGAAUUGGAGGCACUGGAAACAAAGAAGCCUGCAGCCAUGUUAGUAAUGUCUGGUGGGGAGGGUUACAUCGAUUUCCGUAUCGGUGACGGGGAAGAAGAUGAGGUGGGGGGUGAAACAGAGCCGAUGGCAAGUUCUCAACAACAUGAGCAGCAGGAUGGAGAAUCAAGGGGCGAGCGCAGCCAUCUUAUUGUCUGGCAGGUCACAAUGCAAGACUGAAAUGCUGAAUUGCAUGACCACAAGAGCCAUGCAAACAUUAAUUUAGUUUUAUUCUGCACUUAACAUGUUGAAAGUCAUCAGUAGGAUUCAGGAGCUUCAUUUAUAACCAGAAUGCAUAUUUAUUCAUCAUACUGCAGUUUCUAAGCAGUUCCUCAUCACUUGUAGCAGUGAGUUACUACAGAAUUGAGGUCAUUGUAAAAAUAGAAGUUACAGAGUAAGUUGUAUGGGUAAGAAUCAGACAACAUCUGGGGAUCACUGUUGAUACAUUUACCAGGUAUAUCAAAAGCCUAGGUUAGAUGUUUGUUUGAGAAUCACAUGGUGAUGCAAAAUCUGAAAAUGUUCAAACAUCCAUAUAUACACAUACUUCUUUUUACAUUUACAUUUCGAAGCAAAAUUGAGUCUGGUCCACAUUAUCAGUCUGUAUGCCUAUACUAAGGAGGACAUUUGUGAUACAUAUAGAAAAUAUAAAUUAUCUGUUUUAACUGUAAAUUACAGUUUCAGUUUUGUAGAAAGUGGUCCACAUUAUCAGUCUGUAUGCAUAUACUAAGACAGACAUAUGUGAUACGUACAGAAAAUAUAAUUUAUCUGUUUAACUGUAAAUUACAGUUUCAAUUUUGUAUAAAUCCUUUGAACCACAUAUUUAUGAAGUACCUUUUACAGAUUUUGGCUUGGUUUGAGUUUGUGGCAUAUUAAUGUUACCAUUUUGAUAUAUUUUGCAGACUCCCUCAGGUAUCAGGCCUCAACAGAUUUACUGAAAUCAGUGGCAUGCCCUGGACAAUGUAGUGACAAGAAAUAUUCCAACAAAAGCACCAAAGUACUUCUACAAAUACAAUUCAGUAAUGGUGAAAGUGCAAAACAGUAUUUGAUUUGUUUCAUUCUGGUUCGUCACACUAACAAAUUACAAAGACAAAACAACUCUGUCCAGUGUGA